AUGGCCGCCUCCACCAUGUCUGUCUGCUCUGACGCCUGCACCAACUCCUCCUGGCAGGUGGAUGACUGCCCAGAGAGCUGCUGUGAGCCUACCUGCUGUGCCCCCAGCUGCUGCCAGUCCAGCUGCUGCCAGCCCAGCUGCUGCCAGCCCAGCUGCUGUGUGCCCAGUUGCUGCCAGUCCAGCUGCUGCCAGCCCAGCUGCUGUGUCCCAAGCUGCUGUCAGCCCAGCUGCUGCACCCCAGCCUCCUGCCUGACCCUCAUCUGCACCCCAGUGAGCUGUGUGUCCAGCCCCUGCUGCCAAUCUGUCUGCUGCACACCCUCAUGCUGCCAGCAGUCUAGCUGCCAGCCAGCUUGCUGCACCUGCUCUCCCUGUUGUGUGACCCUUUGUUGCAAGCCUGUCUGCUGCACACCCAUCUGUUCUGGAUCCUCAUGCUGCCAGCAGUCUAGCUGCCAGCCCUCAUGCUGUCAAUCCUCCUGCUGUCCCUGCUCCAGUGUGUCCCUGCUCUGCAGCCCUGUGUGCAGACCUGCCUGCUGUGUGCCCACCUCCUCCUGCUGUGCCUCCUCCUGCCAGCCCAGCUGCUGCAAGCCCUGCUCCAGUGUGUCCCUGCUCUGCUGCCCUGCCUGUUCCCGCCAGGCCUGCUGUGGCCUCUCCUCGGGCCAGAAGUCCAGCUGCUGA